AUGUCCACCCGAACCGCCCUCCUCACCCGCACCCGCACACUAUGCCAAAACUUCUCCACCAGCGCUCCCCUACCAACACUCCUCUCCAACUUCACCCAAGAACCCCCGCCCACAGCGCUCGAGCACGGCCUCCCGCAACUUGCCCCCUUCCUCGGCCGCCCAUUCACCGGCCAGGAAGGACUACGACACUACUUCGGACUCCUGUCUGAGCUGCUUACGAUCGAGAAGAUGGAUUUCGAGCCGGAGGAGAAAUGGGUCGUGGAUGCGAGGGCGAUGGCUGUUUCGUUGCGGGGGGAGGCACGGUUUCGUUGGAAUGAGACAGGGCAGGCUUGGGAUGAGACGUUUGCGUAUCGGAUUGGGCUUGCGGAGGAGGAGGGGGAGGUGAAGGUGGUGGAUUAUGAGGUUUGGGCAGAUACGGGGGCGGCGUAUUUGGCUAGGGUUGGGGGGUUAGACGGUUAG